GUGGCAGGUGGGAAAGACAGGAAUGGCAGAAACAAAGUUCAAGUUUGGUAGGGACUGGAUGGCGGAAGAACUGGUUGAUUUCCUCAAACAACAAGGACCAAGGAAGACAUGGGAUGAAAUUAAGGAUCAGCCUCCACAGACGGCCAACACGCGGGGUCGCCCCGCGAAGAGGCAGGCCAAAGAACCCGAUGAGCGACAUCGGUCCAGAUCUGCCGCUGAGAAGCCCGAAAAGGGCGAUGAAAAUAAGGACCCAAUGGAAGUCGAAAAAACGCAGUUGGACUCUCAGACUCAGCCUGAAGCGAUUGACAAGCAGAGUUCAAAGCCAACCUCGCAGUCUCUUGGUAAUUUGACGGAUGCCUUAACCCAAAACUGGACGCUGGCCGAUCAAGGUGGAUGCGGUGAAUGUGGGUACCGGGCAUUAAUAGACAACUUUCAUUAUCAAACCACUGGUGAGACUCUUUCCAAAGAAGAAUGCAUCAAACAUGCCAAUCUAUUUCGUACGGAAGUGGUACGACAUGUUCGCAAACAACAAGAUAGGUACGAAAACCAUGUCAGAGGUGGGAAAGAGGCCUUUCCUGCCUUUUGUGACAAUGCGUUGAAGCAAACUCACUGGAUAUGUGGACUGCUGCUGCAAGCAGCAGCAGAGGUGAAAUCAUGCUGCAUAGUGGUGUGGAAUCAAAAAGAUGAAGUUCUGGAAAGAUUCACUUUCGCUCCUGAGUGGAGUCCACAGGGGAUGCCCAGAAUGAAAAAAGAAGCACCAAUCCUGGUGGUGUACAGAAACGACAAACAUUAUCAAUCCGUCCGACCACCCCAGGAUCAGGACGGCAUGACUAAGGUGCCCAAACACUGGGCGCGAGAGACAGCCAAACCCGAGGCCGAAGCACUUGGAGGCGCUGGACCAAGCGUUGGAGAAUCGCCUAAACCCCUGCACACGCUCUCCCCUGGCUCUUCCCAUGCUCCUUCGCUCCAUACUCUCCCCGCCUCCUCCUUUCGCGGAUCCUCGGGUGGGGGUGUGAUGAUCACGCGCGCGCCGUCCCUGCACUCCUUGGUUCCUUCCGCGUCUUCUCCUCCGCGUCUGCGCGCGGUUGUGCACGGCCAUGCGGCGGGUGGUGGUUCUUCGGGUGCCCUUGCGCGACCCCAUCCUCCGCGCUCCCCCUCUCUUCUUACCUUGGCUGCCUCCCCUCACUCCUGCGACCGGUCGGGUACUAAGGACAAAGGCGCAGUCAAAAAUGACAACACAGAAUGCGACUUUCGCCCUGACACUGCUCCAUAUCCUCGACACCUCAAGCGGCUGGAUGCUAAAUCACAGUCCCGACCUCGGAACUUCCUGAAAGUGGCAGAGCCUGGAGUUGCCCAGAAUGCGGGAAAGGCGGCGCAAGCUGCAGGGCACUUAGUUACUGAGGCCCUUCCGCCGGAUGCCAUGCGAAACCGCGAUAUUGACUACUAUAUCAGUAACCUUGAGCCUACUGAGGUCGAAACGCUUCCUGAUGUUGACUGGCAGAUGCUUUCGCAAACUUUUUUUCAAGCCCUAGUUUGUGCAGUCAGGGCUGCUGCCCCUGACAUGCUGCAGCGAGUGUCUCCGGCCUUACUGAGGAUUCUCAGGGAAUUUUGGGCCGAUAUUUGGAAUAGACGUCAAAUCUCUUGGGAUGAUAUUUGGGAUGAUUUGGUUACUCACACUCCACCACGCCCUGCUCCUGACAGCUGGCCAAGCCUCACACCGGAACAACUCCGUUCUGCCACCAAGUGUAGCCGCGGCAGUGCGCCGGGGCUUGACGGCUGGAGAGCUGAGGAACUUAGUUUGUUCAGUGACGAAAUGUGGCAGGAUGCCGGCUGUCCUCCAGAAACAGUUUCCACUUCCAUCACCUUGUUGGGAUUCCAGUUCAUGGGAGUGACCCAAAGAAAAGCCAAAGACCGAGAACUGACAAGACUCACUGAGGCGACCGAAGUGCUGUCACAUAGGCUCAGAGAUGCUUGGCGAAUCAGAAAAUAUGAGGAAUUCUUGGAACUUGACCGACGCGACUCAACGGUUUGUACAGACAUUCCAUGUGACCUGACCCGCAUUAAUAUUCUGCGCAAGAAAAAACUCAACAGUCACGAACUGGCUGUUGUAACUGGUGCUUUCAUUUCACCUCAAUGUCGAAAUGCCAUGGGAGGUGCUGAAGAAACAUGCCCUUAUUGCCAACAUGUUUGUGCCACUGUGCAGCACAUGCUUUGGGAAUGUACUCAGAACCCACACCGUGAUCCUACUAUUAGACCCCACGAUGUGCUGCAGGAAAGACUCGCAUGGCCCACUACUGAUCCUACUAAGGUGGACCAUGACAACAAACUUCUAAGGUUUGCAGCUGCAACACGUGCUGAUGUGUUGCUGCAGCGCCACGACGACUAGAACCACCUCCAUUCUAUUCUGGCGAUCGCCUCUGGCCUGCGCUGCGGCUGCGGGCAAGUGCGGGCAGCGUCAUUGUCUACAUCAUCAUCUACAAAAUACUACGGGCGUUUUCUGUCAAAGUGCCAUAGAGAGCGCACAGAACGACCAUCUCACGGUGGCGCAAUCUUUGAUUGACAAUCGGGAAGCACAUAUUGAGAGGUUGCGAACUCUCUUUGAAGAGUUGGGCACCGAUUGUGGCAUUACCUUCCAUGCGUUCGAAGAAAAAAUGGCUGACCCGGCUGUGCGAGAGUAUUUCGAGACUUUGGGGAUCAACGUUUAUGACGCAUGGUCCUUCUUCAAACUCUUGGAUGCGGACGGUGGCGGUUGCGUGGAGGCAGAGGAGUUCUUUGAGGGCUGCUUGAGGUUUCGGGGCCAGGCGCGGGCCGUUGAGGUGGGGAAAGUGCUUCAAGAUCAGCAGUGGCUCAUCAGGAAGAGCCGUUGAAAUUUCAUGAAUUUUCCUUAGCUUUCAUGAGCAGC